UCGGGUACAGAAAAAGAAGAGAGGGCACACUGAAGACUGACGAGUGUUUGAGAAUAAAACUUUAUCGACAGCCGACGAUGAGGACGCUGCUGCUGCUGUGUGUGUGUGUGAGUGUGUGUGUGUCCGCUGCCUGGGCUCAGGAUACCGAUUAUGACACCUAUGACACGGACACCAAGACGACGAAGAACGUGACAACUCCACCAGAGACUGUAGAUGUUCGAGGUCAUCGCCCAACAACGAGAGGCCACGACUCGUACACCCCCAACCGCUAUUCCCCGCCCCCAAUCAGCGGAGGAGGAAGGUAUCGCGGCCGCCCCUCUUCGACUCCGACGGGAGCUCAGACGGUUCAGGAGAAGGAGGUUCAGCCCGAUGAAGGAGGCUGUACUCACGCUGCAGUGGAGAUGGGGGUGCUGUGUCCGACCGGCUGCGAGCUGAAGACCACGCUGCUGAAGCAGGAGAGGAACGUCAAGACGAGCAUCAACCAACUGAAGCCUCAGGUGGAGGAACUGUCUCAAUCCUCCAACACCGUCUACAGAUACGUCAACAGCAUCUCCACGUCUCUGAGGGAGAGGCAGAUAGUCAUCAACGAUAACAGCAGGGUGGUGAGUCAGUACACCGACCGGGUGGAGGAGCAACACGCCUACAUCAAAGAGACCGUGGACACCGUGUUCCCGUCCAACAUCAGGGUGCUGCAGGGCGUCCUGGAUAAGAUCCGUCUGAAGAUCCUGAAGCUGGAGAAGGCGAUCCAGACUCAGAGGGAGGAGUGCAAUGAGCCCUGCACCACCAAGUGCCCCAUCCCCGUUGUGUCUGGUAAGGAGUGUGAGGAUAUUUUCCGCCGUGGAGGAAAAGACUCCCAGAUGUACAUGAUCCAGCCCGACAGCUUCACCGCUCCGUACCGAGUCUUCUGUGAUCAGAGCACGCAGAACGGAGGCUGGCUUCUCAUUCAGAACAGGCAGGACGGCAGCGUGGACUUUGGGCGACGUUGGGACGAAUAUCGACGCGGAUUCGGGAACAUCGCCUCCGACUCUGGGAAGGGUCACUGUCAGACUCCUGGUGAGUACUGGCUGGGUAACGACCGCAUCAGUCAGGUGACCAAGAUGGGCCCCACCGAGGUCCUCAUCGAGAUGGAGGACUGGACCGGAGCCAAGGUCCAUGCGCAGUACCAGCAGUUCACCAUCCAAUCAGAGACGUCCAACUACGUGAUGGCGGUGGACGGAUACUCCGGGAACGCCGGGAACUGUUUCCUGGUCGGAUCCACGGAACUGUUUGGUGAAAACCGCACGAUGACCAUUCACAACAGCAUGAUGUUCAGCACCUACGACCGAGACAACGACAACUGGGUCCCAGGUGAUCCGUCUAAACAAUGCGCCAGAGAGGAUGGAGGCGGCUGGUGGUACAACCGCUGCCACUCGGCCAAUCCCAACGGACGAUACUACAUCGGAGGAGCGUACACUCGUCGAAUGGCCAAACACGGCACGGACGACGGCGUGGUGUGGAUGAACUGGAAGGGCAGCUGGUAUUCUCUGAAAACCAUCAGCAUGAAGAUCAGGCCGUUCUUCGCCUCCACAUAAUCAGAGAGCGUCAACAACGCACACAUACAGGAAACCGCCAAAAUAAAAGACAGGAAAUGAAUGUGUGGCUUUGGGGGUUUGGGGUCAAACAGCUUCAAAACUCCUUGUAGCUCAUUUUCAAGUGUGUCCUUUAUUUUAGCUGUAACCUUCAAGAUGGUGGACACACACAUUCAAACACAACUUUUACUGAGAGUCUCGGCAUGUGCUGAAGUGAAAUAAGAAUUGAUAAAAAGUCAGAUUAUUGUGUCAUGUCUACAGGAAAAGAGAAGCAUGGUACUGGUUGUGAGUGUUUGUGUGCUCUGUCCUUUCUCGUGAUGUGUGACGUCUUCAGGACGAGUCAACAGACUGUCCUCCGCUACUCAAUAAACACGUUGAGGAACAUA